GCUGCUUGCCUUCUGCGAUAGGCUCAGCGAUCCUCAAUCGAUGUUUCCCCAAACCUGAUCGGUUGCCUCUCACGGCCGCCUCCCCUUGCUCUCCCGUAGCCGAUUGAACCCUCCACAUCGUGCUCACCAAAUCCGCAGUGUCGGUCUCCAACUCAAGAAACAAGUCCAUUUCUCGUCUGCAUCGCUCAAGUGUGUCAUUGCCAGAAAGGCCGACCCAGUCUCAGAAUCCCUAGCAGUCUACUUUCGACACCGGCUCGCGCCGAUUAGAUCAUAUCCGGGUCCUCGUUUCUAUUUCCCAUCAUCUCUCGUCUACGUUCUCGACGGUUUCAGCGAAAUGAAUCCCGGCUCACCAGUGAUGAUCAGCAUCAUCGAGACGGCGGCAUCGCAUCUGUCGCUCAACGCUCACUCACCUGCCGCUGCGGCCGAUGGUGCCUCCAUGGCCGUCGGCAACGAUGCAACCCGGGCAGAUUCGCUUGCACCCCAAGAUGGCCAUCCUCCCAGUCUCCUCAAAAUCCGCAGCGCCGAGGGUACGUCACUGGACGGGCAGGACUCGGUCUCCAAGAACGGCAAUCAAGAGCUCCAGCCUUGCAAAUCCGACAUUCUCGCUCACGAACAUGCCCGCCUCCAUAACCUCGAUCGCCGGUCCAAUCUCAGCUUCUCGGACAAUCCGGCAGGGGCCGGCCCAACACCGCUCCCGUCAAAGCAAAGAGUCGAGCCAGAUACCGACAGGUUGAUUCUGCUCGGGGACCUCAAAACCCCGCCGGCAUGCACCCCAAGCAUUCGGUCGCUUCAGGAUCGUGGCAUGCCCCGCACAUCAAGCGAGUCCGAGUCCUCCAGAGCCGGCGAAACCGACGUAUCUGUCCUCAAGCGGGGCUCGUUUAAUCCCUCGGGCUCGAUUGUCUUCCGCCAUGUCCCGGGCUCCGGCACAGACUCUUCGCUGGUCCCACAGCGGCUUCUGCACUCACCUCGCUCCAGCAUUGAGAUCCAUACCUCGCGGGACUCGUGCCGGUCCGAGGGAAAUCCACAAUCGCCCAAGAUAUCGGGGCUCAAGCGAAGAAACAUUUCUCUGCGGGCCAAGCCGAGCGUCAAAUCCAACAGGUCCUCGCACAAGAAGGAGAACACGGAGCAGUCACUGCCGCCGCAAUCGGUUGAGAUCAACGGGUGCUGCGACUUUCCCCCGGAGCUCAUCCAGCAAGUUCAAUGCGGGAUGGCGGGAUAUUUUGACUUUGCCGAGUUCUGUGAGCGCCUCAACUCGACCUGCGACUAUCUCGACGGCAUCGUCAAAAAGGCGGCCCGGCGCCAGAAGCGGCUGCAGCGGAAGGGCCUUUCGGAAGCAUGCCCUCCUGGCGAGAACCAGCCCGGCCUCGCCGACGCCGUCGACGGUGACCAGCAGCUCAAGUCCUCCUUCAACAUUUCUGAGAUGGCUGUGUCCAUGAGCCGGAGCAUCUCCAGUCGUCGAUCGACAGCCAGCAAGGACAUUGACAUUUCCAAGCCUCCUGCGGGUCUGCCGUGGAAACAUCCAGCAUGGAGCCCCUUGAGAUUCGUCAAGCGGUACAUCAAGCGAUUUGUGCGUUUUGUUCGGCGCAAGAUCCGAAAUGACUGCGAAGAAGGAGAGCAGCAGCGAGUGGCUCUGCUCUCGGCCAGUGCGCUGCUGGCGAUAUCAAACAUACCUUGUCCACCUGUCCCGGCCAACUGCCAACAGAUGGACUCACUCGAGUUAGCGCUGUACUACUAUCACCAGAAGGAGCCCAACUUUUGUGUGCACUACCUCGAAAAGUCGUCUCAAGAAGGAAAUCCGAUGGGCCUAUUCUUUCUGGGCAUGUCCAACCUUCCUAGCUGGUACGAUGGAUGCGCCGCUGCUGGAGCAGCCCCGGGUGAUGCCGCUCCGUCCUGGGUACCAGCGUGCGGAAACCGAUUCCGGGCGCUGCAACUCUUUCUCAAGUCCGUCGACACCACUUUGAUCAAUCUGCCCUCGGUCAUGAGAUGGCGGACCAAGGGAGAAGUCAUCUUUGAGGACACGUCCAAGUUUGACGGCGAUCACUCGCGCAAACCCAAUCGCCCCAACUUGAUCCACAGCUCCAGCGUCCAUCAAGAGCUGGUGGCAUCCAAGUCGGGAUCGAUAACUUCCCUCUUUGCGUCCGGCGUGCUGUGGACCAACCCGGGGCUGAGGUCGACCCUGGUCCGGGCUCGAUGCGAAAGCGUCGCAAACAACUCACUCUCACGGCAUCUCUUUGGCAGCACCAACAUGGAAACGUCCAUGUCGGCACUAUCAAGCUUUGCGUCCAUGUUCAGCUUCACCGACCAAAGCGGGGGCCGGCGACUGCUAAAGGGCCUCGACGACCUGGAAGUGGCAGCGACGUUACUUCCGAACCCUCUCUACGAGAUUUCCAUGAUCCUGCGAUGCGGCGGCGACGGCGUACCGGUGUCUCGAGCGGCUUCGGCGUACUUUAUGAGCGUCGCGGCUGCUCUCGGCGACACCGAUGCUCAGUACGAGUACGGAUACUGUCUGAUACACGGCUUGGGAGUCUCCAAGAACCUCAUGGAGGCAGCCAGGUGGCUACGACAGGCGCAUGCUGGCGGGCGGCGGGUCGAAGGCGAGGGAUGGAUCUUCAAGAAAAAAUGGGGCGGCGAGGAAUAGCCGAGCGCAAAUGAUGUCGUCUCUGGCCUGCUCCCGAUCCCAAGACAGCCAGUCAUCACAAUCUGAACAUGUACUUUCUUUGCUUCAGCUCUGACUCCAAUAUACUUUGUCCGGACUGCUGCCUGUCCUUGUUGACAAUGGACAGUGCAUCUUCCCAUCUGCACCAGUCCAAACCUGCACCCGGUCGGCCCUGGCUUGCAGACUCUCUGCUCGCUUGGUACUC